GCAUACUACACAGGUUAGUCUGGCGCACUUGCUUGUUACCAUUAUAUCACUGACUUCCUAAGAACCCUUUUAUCAGAACGUAACCAAAAACCUUCCUCUCGACUUUAUCAGAAUAUUAAGUGUUGAUAAAUAUUAUGCAGGCAGAUAUGACGAAUCAGGCUUCUCCCGUUGAGGAGCAGGAGAAGCUCUUGGAAGAGGCUUUGAAUGUUGUGAAAGUUCAGGCAUUCCAGAUGAAGAGAUGUCUGGACAAGUCCAAGUUGAUGGAUGCCCUGAAGCAUGCCUCGACCAUGCUCGGCGAGCUGAGAACCUCAUUACUGUCUCCAAAGAGCUAUUAUGAGCUUUACAUGGCAAUAACAGACGAGCUCCGUCACCUGGAAUUGUACCUCCUUGAGGAGUUCCAGAAGGGCCGCAAGGUCGCUGACCUUUACGAAUUGGUGCAGUAUGCUGGCAACAUUGUGCCCAGAUUGUACCUGCUGAUCACCGUUGGCUUGGUGUACAUCAAGACUAGUACAAACCUUAGGAGGGAUCUUCUGAAGGACCUAGUAGAGAUGUGCCGCGGGGUGCAGCACCCGCUCCGAGGACUAUUCCUGAGGAACUACCUGCUGCAGUGCACGCGCAACAUCCUGCCCGACACUACUGACGCGCAGAACGAGAAUGAAGGCACUGUGCGCGAUGCAAUAGACUUUGUUCUCAUGAAUUUUGCCGAAAUGAAUAAGCUGUGGGUGAGGAUGCAGCACCAGGGACAUUCCAGAGAUAAAGAGCGCCGCGAACGCGAACGUUCCGAACUACGAAUUCUAGUCGGCACGAACUUAGUCCGACUGUCGCAAUUAGAGUCCGUGACGGUAGAACACUACCGGAAGCUGGUGCUACCGGGCAUUCUGGAGCAGGUGGUCAGCUGCAGGGACGCUAUAGCCCAGGAGUACCUCUGCGAGUGUAUCAUACAGGUGUUCCCCGAUGAGUUCCACCUGGCAAAUCUGCAGCCGUUCCUAAAAUCGUGCGCGGAGCUGCAGGCCGGGGUCAACAUCAAGAAUGUCAUCAUAGCACUGAUUGAACGACUCGCUGCUUACAGCCAGAGAAACGAGGGCACAAUCAAUCUGAACGUCGUGAUGGAAGAUGGUCAGGAACAAGAGGUGCAGUUGUUUGAAGUGUUCUCAGACCAAGUAGCUGCCAUUACCCAGACCCGUAUGGACAUGCCACAAGAGGACAUGCUCAGUUUACAACUAGCGCUCCUCAAAUUGGCUCAAAGGGUACAUCCGGACAAACUGAGUUAUGUGGACCGCGUGUUGGCUCACACGGACAAAAUUUGCCAGGACAUACACAAGAGCAGCGGCAAAACCCAUCUUGAACACAACACGCCAGUGUUCAAAGAGUUGAUGAAGAUAAUCAAGCUGCCAGCGGAACACUACAAGAAUAUGCUGACCCUGAUAAAGCUGGAACACUACGCGCCGCUGAUAAACCACCUCAACCACCCGGGGCGGGUGAUGGUGGCGGUCCAUCUCAGUGGAGUCGUGCUGGACCAAGCCGAGCCUAUUUCUACACCGGCACACGUGGAGGCAGUGCUGGGGAUGCUGGACGUGCUGGUGCGCGACCAGGAGGCGGGCGGCGCCGAGCGCGAUGCUGAGGACUUCAUGGAGGAGCAGGGGCUGCUGGCCAGACUGAUCCACCAUUUCAAGUCGGACAACCCGGACCAGCAAUACUUGAUUCUAAGCACAGCGCGGAAGAUGCUGUCGGGCGGCGGAGCUCAGCGAAUACAGCACACGUUCCCGCCAAUUCUGUUCCACGCGUACCAGCUCGCUUUCUGGUACAAGGAUCUGAAGGAUCAGGAUGACAUGUGGGAGAAGAAAUGUCAGAAAAUUUUCCAGUUCUGUUAUCAGAUGAUAGGAACUCUUGUCAAGGCUGAAUUAGCCGAAUUACCUUUGAGGCUAUAUCUGCAAGGCGCGCUAGCUAUAAGUGAGAUAGGAUUCGCGAAUCACGAGACAAUGACAUACGAGUUCCUCUCGCAAGCGUUCUCGCUGUAUGAAGACGAGAUAUCUGAUAGCAAGGCGCAGUUGGCGGCUAUAACACUGAUUAUAUCCACUUUUGAACAGAUCAACUGUUUCGGGGCCGAGAACGCCGAACCGAUGCGUACGCAAUGCGCCCUGGCGGCCAGCAAAUUGCUCAAGAAACCCGACCAAAGCCGUGCGGUGGCGUUAUGUGCUCAUCUGUUCUGGAAGGCCACCAAAGAUGGGAAUCAGUGGCCCCUCAACGACGCAAACCGCGCUUUAGACUGCCUAAAGAAAGCAGCCCGCGUCGCGCAGCAAUGUAUGGACGGUGGAGUACAAGCACAAUUGCUGGCCGAACUGUUGGGACGAUACGCUUUGUUACGGGAGAGGGGGAACGCUAGCCUCACUGUAAACCUCAUUGAGACGGUGAUCCAAAAGAUACGCGAAGAGCUAGCCAACCUCGACCAAUCAGAAGAGGUGGAACAAAUAACAAAACACUUUCACAACACGCUCCAACAUCUCAAGAACAGGAUGGAGAACCCCGAUCCAGAUGCGCUGGGCUACGAAGGGCUGAACCUUUCCUGAAGAAGUUAGGUUGUGUCCACAAGAUGGCGGCGUCGCGGACGUCACAAAAUGGCGGACUAAAUAUCAAGUUGUGAGUUUAUUCCACUACUAAACGCCUGAGCGGUAUUCCACUAUGAAGGCAUUCCGUAUCAAAUUCUUUGUGCAAUAUUUUUUCUAUCUCUUUCAUAAUGUUACGUAAUAAGAAAGAGAUGGCAGUAACAUUCGACAAAGAAUUUGAUAAAUGGAAGGCCCUUUGUGUGUUUGUAUUAUUUACAUUGUGUUUAAUUACAUAGAUUAUUGUUAAGUGCGAUAGUUUUUUUUUUUACUGUUAAUAACAAUUUAUUUACUGUAAAUGCAUGUGCAAUAUUUUGUACAGAAUAAGAAAUGGUCGAAAGCGCAGUAUCAAAUUGACUGGCAACACUGUUUAUCAACUAAUGUAGUCGGGAAUAAAUCUAACCAAUCACAUCCGUACGAGUUGGUAUUGCAAUAAUAAAAAAGUCUAGUUUCUACUAUUUUGUGUCGGUAAAUACAUUUAUUAAAUAGUUAAGUUUAUUUAAAUGAUGAGAUGAGAAAAUUUAAGAUAUGAUUUAAUUAUAUAAUCCUGAUUUUGAUUCUACUCAAUAUUGUUUAAAAGGUUCCUACAGUCUUGUCAAGUAAAAUUAAUGAGGCCGCUGUCUCCUAUUAGCUGGCAAUUAUAUUUGGUAUUGCAAUAGCGAAAAAAUGUAGUGUGUCAAGAAUCCGUUUUCUUCACUUAACAGACUGUAUGACAUGCAAAUACCAAUAUAAAAAAAUAUAUUGUCAUUGGCGGACUGAACAAGACUAUGUCUGUAAAAUUGUCUAUGAAAUUAUAUUUAAUAAUUCGGAAUGUAACUUUAUCAACAUUCCUAAUAUACGUAUAAAAUUAUAUAAGACGCGAUUAUAUAUGAUCUGUAUUCAGUUGUUAUACAUUGUAAAUAUAUUUUAUAUUUAACUGAUGGCGUGUAAGAUUGCAAUAAAUGUAGAAUUAUGUUA